GACCAUUAAUUUCACACAAAACCAACCUAUCUAUCUUCACUCACAAGAGUCCUGUUUUUCCAUUCCAUGGACAAAGACAAACAACCACCACCAUCAUCCUUCGAUUUGCAACACCAUGAGCCACCACAACGGCCCAUUUGGCAGAUCAUCAUGGUGGCUGCCAUAGCCGCUGGUGUCCAAUUCGGCUGGGCUCUUCAGCUCUCCUUACUCACCCCUUACGUCCAACUCAUUGGCGUCCCCCACGUCUGGUCCUCCUUCAUCUGGCUUUGCGGCCCCGUCUCCGGGAUGGUGGUCCAGCCCGUUGUCGGGUACUACAGCGACCGAUGCACUUCCCGCUUCGGUCGCCGUCGACCUUUCAUCGCUGCCGGAGCCUUCCUCGUCGGCGUAGCCGUAUUCUUCAUCGGCUACGCCGCCGACAUCGGAGUCUCCACCGGCGAUGAGAUUAAGGCACCCAGCAAGCCCCGCGCCAUCGCUAUAUUUGUGAUCGGCUUUUGGAUACUCGACGUGGCAAACAACACCUUACAAGGCCCAUGCAGGGCCUUUAUAGCAGACCUUUCCGGCUCGAACCAAAGUAAGAUUCGAACCGGAAAUGCGGUCUUUUCUUUCUUCAUGGGUGUAGGAAACGUCCUCGGCUACGCCGCGGGCUCCUACCCCCACCUUUACAAAUUCGCCCCUUUUACAAAAACGGACGCGUGCGAAGUCUAUUGCGCGAAUUUGAAAACGUGUUUUUUCAUCUCCAUCGCCCUUUUGGCCACCAUUACGAUACUUGCGUGUGCGCUGGUACACGAAGACCGGUACGUGCCGGACCCGGAGGAGGAGAAAUCCGGGAAAAACUUGAUGUUCUUUGCGGAAAUGUUUCGGGCAUUGAAGGGGUUAUCACGGGCAAUGUGGAUCCUAUUGCUGGUAACAUGUUUGAACUGGAUCGCAUGGUUUCCGUUCUUAUUAUACGAUACCGACUGGAUGGGUAAGGAGGUGUACGGUGGUGAAGUGGGUCAACCAUUGUACAACCAGGGAGUGCGAGCCGGGGCGUUGGGUUUGAUGCUUAACUCGGUUGUGUCCGGUUUGUUUUCGCUUUUGAUCGAGCAUUUGUCACGGUGGUCCGGUGGGGUGAAGCACGUGUGGGGUGCGCUAAACGUUGUUUUGGCAGGGAGUUUGGGGUUGACGGUUCUUGUAACCAAGUUGGCGGAGGCGCAACGGCAGUUUACGACGUUGGCUGAUGGCACCAGAGUGCCUCAGGCGCCUAGUGCCGGUGUUAAAGCCGGAGCUUUGGGUGUUUUCGCCAUUCUCGGAGCCCCACUGGCGGUGACUUUCAGUGUUCCCUGCGCUCUAGCUUCAAUAUUUUCUAAUGAUUCUGGUGCUGGACAAGGUCUAUCACAAGGUGUUUUGAAUCUUGCAAUCGUCAUACCUCAGAUGGUGGUAUCGGUACUAAGUGGACCAUGGGACGCGCUGUUCGGUGGUGGCAACUUGCCGGCGUUUGUGGUGGGCGCAGUGGCGGCGUUAAUAAGUGGCCUAUUUGCAUUCUGCAUGCUUCCUUCAACAGCUUCAGAUGUCCGAGUGUCAGGAGGGGGGAUGCAUUAGUACUAAUGAUAAUAUAUUUUUCUUUAUUUGGAUGUUGGAUUUGUGCAUACAUGCUAAGCAUGAUGCAGAAAUCACUAGUGAUUCCCGCAUAUGAUGUUUGUGUUUUUAAGAGAAUGUUAUGUCAUUCCUCCAUUAAGACACCAUACCACGUAGCUUCAUGGAAUUAUUAAGUCUUUGCUUUAUUCAUGUAUAGGUUUUCUCAGUUGGUUCAUGAAUAAAAGUUUUUCUUGGCUCCCGUAUUUUUGGAUUA